GAAAAGUUGUGUUUAUUUUUAAAUCGUUGCUUACUCAUUUUGUUUUUUUUUCUUUUCAUUCAAAUCUUAAAAUAUUUGAAUCUCAUUCUCACCGACCAACAAGUGCACUACAAGAUGCCACGUGAUGUUCACAAAAGUCGAUUAUUUGACCAGAGUUUGAUUGAAGGUGGUGGUAGCUAGGAGGUUUGGUGGGAGUAGACGUCAGGGAGAACGUCAAGCAGUAAAGGUAGUGGAGACGUAAGAGGUGAAAUAUACAGAUAUGUAUCUGUGUAAAACAUGGAGUGAAUAGAACCAAAGUGGAAGCUUUUAUUUCGGUGGUGUUACUACGAUCAUAGUUUUAUCCAGUACUGACAAAGGAUAGUUGGCUGUAAGUGUAAAUACAUCAAAUCAAUAAAGCAUUAGGAUGACAAUGUUAAUGUUGUCAUCUCGGAUAUUACCAGUGUUAAUGACCAGUUAGUAAAUUUUUCUUCAAGAGUAUUAUCAUUUACCAUGAUCAAUCAAUAAUAAUGGAGAAUGACCAGCUUUCCAACACAGUACUACUCAAUACAUUUAUCAUAAAAAAGAAACGUUGUAGAGUUUAUUUUCAUCGAGGAACUCUUAUCUGGGAAACAGAACGACCACCUUAUGUGAGAUGGACUCUUCCAUUGACAGAUGCUUUAGCAGUUCACUAUGGAGAUGAUUACAUGACUGAGCUCCAAAGCAAUGGAAAAUCUUCAGAAGCAAUUCCUUCAACUCCACCAACGAGUUUCAUCCUACACUAUGCAGCUCGUGGUUCAAAAAAUCGGUGGAGUCAUCAUCAUGUGAUCAUGAGUCACAAGGACCCAAGGCAAGUGGCUUCUUGGGUCAAAACCAUCAGGAAUUAUCUGCUCACAUUGACUUAUCGGCCUCGAAGGAUAUUGGUAUUUGUAAAUCCUUUCGGAGGAAAGAAAAAAGGAACCAAAAUUUGGGAGAAACAGGUUCAACCACUCAUGAGACUGGCUGGUAUUGAAACAAAAAUUAUCAUAACUGAGAGAGCUGGACAUAUUCAUGACUGUUUGCUCAAUUCCAAUUUAGAUGACAUUGAGGCAGUAGUUUGCGUAGGUGGUGAUGGAACUUUUGCUGAGGUUUUCAACGGUUUAAUAUUACGAGCAGCAAGGGAUCAUCAUGUGGAUCCAAAUGAUUACCAAGCAGCAUUGCCACCACCAAAAUUACCCGUAGGUGUAAUUCCGAGCGGAAGCACCGAUACGGUGGCUUAUAGCCUUCAUGGUACAACUGACGUACAAACUGCUGUUAUUCAUAUCAUUUUUGGGGACACUGCUGGUCUUGAUAUAUCUUCAGUCUAUGGUGAUAAAUCUCUGCACAGAUUAUACGCCAGUGUUUUAAGCUAUGGUUACCUUGGUGAUGUAAUUCGUGAUAGUGAAAAGUUUAGGUGGAUGGGUCCACAGAGAUAUGACUAUUCAGGUUUUAAAAAAAUCAUAGCCAAUAAAGGCUAUGAAGGUGAAAUACAUCUACUGUCAGAUCCAUGUCAUCCAGCAGCAAGCACUAGAUGUAAAAAAAAUUGUAAUCGUUGCAUUGAGCAUAUGCACAAUUCAAUCCCAGAUAAAGAUAUUACGAGAUGGUUAACUGUUCGAGGAAAAUUUUUCAUGGUCAAUGGCGCUAAUGUAUCAUGUGCUUGUUCAAGAAGUCCACAAGGCUUUAGUCCUCACUGUCAUAUUGGUGAUGGCUGUAUUGAUGUUAUUCUAGUCCGACAUACGUCCUUAUUCAAUAAUAUUAGAAUGCUAUUAAGAUUGAGCAGUAAAAAUAAAACACUGUAUGAUUUGCCAUUCGUUGAAGUAUAUCGAGCUCGAGAAUUCACAUUCCGAGCGUAUCCGAAUUUAUCAUCAAAUGACAAUAUCAUUGGUGAGAACCUCAAUUCUCAACUUAGUGUAUGGAAUUGCGAUGGAGAGGUUUUACAGUAUGUGAAUGUGAAGAUUAAGGUUCACUGCCAACUAUUGAAGGUAUUUACGAGGCGAAUGCAAGAACCUUCGGAAGAAUCUAAAAGCAAGCUUUGCUUUCCGUAGAGAAAUAAUAAUGGAAGAAAAAUGUAUUUAUUUUGAAUAGUAUUGAAAGAUAUGAAGGUAAUAAUGGUGCAAUAAUCACUCUAUCUCUCGAAAUAUUGCUUUCUAAAAAAUAAAUCAGUGUAGUUAAUUCACUUUCACUGAAGAUUUGUUUAGAAAGUAUUGUCAGUAUUAAUGAAUCGACGUAAUUUUUAUUUCUUGUAAACAAAACAAAAAAACAUUCGCAAUAAUAUAUACUUGAAGACACUGCAAUUAUGAGAUGUUGAAUUAUCUCACUUUCUUCGAAUGUAAUUCAUUCAAAAUAUUUUUAUGCUCACUUUAAUAUUAAACACACAUACUAGCUGAUAUUAUUCUUUUCAUCACGUAAAAAUCUAUGAUGUAAUAUUUUCGUACUUAAAUUGACGUAAAUGUAGUGGAAAUUUUUGAAAUUUAUAGCAUGUAAAUAUAUAAUAUAUU